AGUGGAAUACUUACUAAAUAUGGAAUUACUAAAGCAACAUUUACUUGGGAAGAUGAACAUGGAGAAGGAAAACAUCCUACAAUAGAUUUAAAACAAUUUGAGUGCUUAAAAAGUAUUCAUUAUGGACCAAUGGAUGUUCAAUGUGAAUGGAUUUUACCAACAACAAUAACUGAACUCAGUGCACUUAAAGAAAAUAUUACUAACUUAAGUCAAUUACAACAAUUAAAAGAAUUAACAUUCUCAUCUAUUCCACAAUGUUCAUUAGAACAAUUAACAUCAUUAGAAUUAUAUGAACCACAAGACUUUAAUGGAAUUGAAAAGUUAAAAUGUCAAGAAAUUCAUAUUUUUUAUUAUAGAGGACAAGAAUUAAAUCUUGAUAAAUCCACUGCAAAGAAAAUCAUUAUUAGAGAUUGUUUUUCUAAUUCAUUACAUCUUGGAAAUCAGGUAGAACGAUUAGAAAUUAGUAGUAGUGAAUUUAAAACUAUUGAAUGUCCAGAAUCAUUAAAAGAUUUGGUAUUAAAUAAUCUUGAUAAUUUAGAAGAAAUAAAAUUCAACAAGUCUUUAAAAACAUUCCAAUGUAUGAGGUGUAUGAAACUUACUAAAAUAGAAUUACCAAUAACUGUUGAAUCUAUCAAAAUGAUGAGAAGUGAACAAAAACAUAUUUUGAAUUUAGACUAUUUUAAAGAACACAAUAUAAUCAAUUGA